UUAGCCAAGAAAAUGAGGUCGAUUUUAUUUCUGACACUUUUAUCACCUUUGCUAUUCGUUCAGGCGAUCAAUGGCGAGGAGAAACGAACGUUCUCUGAAACUGUGAAUAAAUUUUACAAUGAAGUGAAGCCAAUGAAAUCGAAAUUAGAUUUCAUGCUGCAAAUUACCAAGAAUAUCAAUGAAAUUAAGAAAAACUUCGAGGUUCCUGUGAGCGACUUCAUUAAUAACGAAGCUAGAGAUGAAUGUCUAAAAACAUUUUUGUAUGACGAUAUUCGCAAAUUCUAUCAAGAAAAUGAUGAUUUAUUUAACAAAAGGCAGACAGAAAAAGUGAAUAUACUAAAUACCGAAUUUUGCAAUGCGCUGGAAUCACCAAAUAAAUAUGAAAAUUUCUCAGAGUCAAUUGACGCGAAACGUGUGAAAGACACCGAUCUGAAAGCCAUGCAAACAGACUUCACAACAUUGCAAAAAAAGUUUAAUAGCUAUAUUGAUAAUGUAUAUAAACUGAAAGCAAGUAACAAAGCAGACGUCGGAUCGAUCAACUCGUUAUACAAUAACAUAUUAAAAACACGCAACUCUAAAACGAAAGCAAUCAUGAUUAAACGAUUAGAAACGACAACAGAUCGAUUAGUUUCAGAACAAACCAAAUUGAUCGGAAAUAUUCGAAAUGCAAUAUCGAUUCUUCUUAAAUACAACCAGCAACGCAUCACAUGGACAGAGUUUUUGAUUAAAAUGACAGAUUCGCCCAAAUCAGAUUGAACAUGACAUCGAGUCAGAAAUUAUUUGAUUACAAAAAUUCAAUAAUAAAAAAUGAAACGUAACUUAAUAUGGGUUUUAAUUAAAUUUUCUCUUGAAUUUUUUCAUAUUUUGAUAGCUUCACUAUUUACGCAAGAUCAUUGACAUGGAAAUUCUUCCGAUUCAACCGAUCAAGCUUUCUCUAGAAAAUCAACAUUUGUAAAAAAUUUAAAGAACAGUUCACGAAUAAAAAUAUGAGCAUCUCUUUGAUACACGACAUAGACAUUUACAGAUAAGACAAUAAAAAAAUUCAAUUGUUGUUUUUCUACCAUCAA